UGUUUCAAAUUUGAGUGCUGUAAUAUAUUUACUACAUGUACUUGUUGAUACGUGGUGCAUAAAGUGAACGGGACAUAAUUGUUACGUGGGCAUGAAGAAAGUAAAUGAAAGGGGUUAGGAAGGUCGAAACUGGAGAGAGGAGUUAUGAAGGAUGGGACACAUCUUAACACAAGGGCUGUCGGAAUUGUGUGUGAUGCCUCACUAAUGACAAUGUGUGCAGUGGUAGAUAUUGCAUAACAAAUCUAGUCCGACUUUGUUACAUUUUGGGCAACAAUGGGUUUGCCGUCAGAUUUUAUUUUAUAACAACCACCCACUUAAAUUAAGGAGAAGAGAAUAUUUAUGAUCAUCGUAGCGACUUCUCCAAACAAAUGGAAAUAUAUAUCAGUUUAUCCCCUGCCAUUCUAAACAUUGUUGUCUAUAUCUCUGGUAAACGCUGGUGUAUUUGUAGACCAGCAAGGUCUUCAUGCGACUCUCUACUAAGCCUACAUAGCUUCUUUUUUUUUUUUUUUUACUAAAUUAGGUAAGUCUUAAAUUAUCGUUCAUAUUUUCCGCAAGUGUGUUACCCCUCUAUUGAUAAUGGUAAUUAAAUGACGCCUGUUUUAAGAAUUGCGUGUACACACUUUGAUAUAUAUGUCUACGUUUCCAAAGAAAUGUAUUCAUUUAUUAUCGCAAUAUAUUUUGUGGAGAAAAUACUUUUUUCCCAGGGAGAGAAUAUAGUGUGUACUGUCUGCGCGCGCUGAUGGAGUUUACUGACACGUUGAGUGAUUUACCGCGGCAGACGACACCGGUAAUAUUGACGCCCUCUGUUUAGUAAUCCUAAAUUUCAUGGGAUUUAGAACUUUUGAACGAGACCUGCACGAGUUUCCAUACUUACUCUUCAGUCUCAGGAGGUAGAAAUUUUAGAAAAUUGUAACCAAUCGCGAAGGAGGAUAAUCCUGUCAACAGAUGGCGUGUAAAGAUGGCGGAAAAAGAAGUAGAGAGAUCCAAGAAAUUUGAUUACGAGGAAACCCUGAUUUAUGGAAAAUACAAGCGAGACUUGGGAAAAUGGGCCAAGUUCCAGGCAAGAACAAUCAAGAAAGAGAAGCGGGACAUUGGACACACUGAAGUCAAACCCAAAACAAGACUGCGGGUAUACCUAGCAAGGUUGCGGCAAAGAGGAUUCAAAUACAGAGCCAUAAAAGAAUCAUCUAGGUUUAAAAGAUUAGUCCAUUGCCGAGAUGUUGUCUUUCAAAAAGUUGGAGAGGAUUGGAUCUUUUUGGCCCUGCUGGGCGUUGUUAUGGCCCUGCUCAGCUUCACUAUGGAUUUUAUCAUUGAAAAGUGUCAAGCAGCUAAGUUCUGGCUUUACCAGGAGCUGGCGUUUUCUCCACCCCUCCAAUAUUUUGCAUGGGUGUCAUACACAAUGUUAUUUAUUUUAUUUGCCACUGGAUUCUCUCAUUUGGUCUCGCCUCAGGCAUGUGGGUCAGGGAUUCCCGAGAUGAAGACUAUUUUGAGAGGGGUAGUGUUAAAAGAAUUCUUAACAUUUAGGACACUAGUGUCUAAAAUAGUUGGGCUGUGUUCAUCAUUAGGAAGCACACUUCCAAUUGGAAAAGAGGGUCCUUUUGUGCACAUAGCAAGUAUUGUUGCAACAUUACUUGGUAAAUUAACAAGCUUUAAAGGGAUCUAUGAAAAUGAAUCCCGGCGCACAGAGAUGCUGGCAGCAGCGUGUGCUGUGGGGGUAGCAGCGACAUUUGCUGCUCCUAUUGGGGGUGUGUUAUUUAGUAUUGAGGUCACAGCGACCUACUUUGCCGUGCGGAAUUACUGGAGAGGUUUCUUUGCCGCUGUUUGUGGAGCUGUCACAUUAAGAAUGCUAGCCAUUUGGUUUAAGAAUGAAGCUACACUGACGGCUGUUUUCAAAACCACUUUACGAACAGACUUCCCUUUUGAUGUUCUGGAACUUUUAGUUUUUGCCAUCAUGGGAGUACUUUGCGGUUUAGCAGGAGCACUCUUUAUUUUGUUUCAUCGAAAAAUCGUUUUGCUCACUCGAAGACAUCGAAGAGUCACUUCUUUUUUACAAAAAAAUCGUUUUAUUUACCCUGGUCUGGUUACCCUGGUGAUUUCUUCGUUAACUUUCCCUCUUGGUUUGGGUCAGUUUUUCGCUGGCGAGCUGACAUCCAAACAAGCCAUUAACGAGCUGUUUAGUAACAUCACUUGGACUACAGGACAGGCUGAGGGUUUGAGAGACGAAGAAAUUAUCAGUCACUGGAAACAUGGCAGCACAAAUAUCUAUGUCAACCUCGUCAUCUUUGUGGUCUUAAAUUUUGGGUUUGGAGCUUUCUGUAACACAAUGCCUGUCCCGGCUGGUGUUUUUGUGCCAGUUUUCUUAGUGGGGGCUGCCUUUGGUCGCCUGACUGGGGAGUGUAUGGCAGCAUGGUUCCCAGAAGGCAUCCCGUCGGGGGAUAUCAUCAAUAAAAUUGUACCGGGAGGUUACGCUGUCGUAGGGGCGGCCUCAUUUUCAGGAGCAGUAACUCGGACCAUCUCAACUUCUGUGAUUGUAUUUGAGGUCACUGGUCAAAUUAGCCAUGUACUGCCAGCAGUGGUGGCCGUUUUAAUCUCCAAUGCUGUGGCUGGGAAAUUCCAACCCUCUUUUUAUGACAGCAUUAUCAAGCUCAAACAACUCCCAUACCUUCCAGACAUUGUGUCUGCAAAAGCCAAUGCCUGGAAAGUAUUUAUAGAGGACAUCAUGAUGAAGGAAGUGUCCUGCAUUACAUUCACUUCGAAUUAUGGAGAAUUGAGAGACCUGCUGACCUCCACCAACUAUAAAAGUUACCCUCUGGUGGACUCUCCAGACUCCAUGAUUUUACUUGGUUCUAUACAAAGAUUUGAACUUGAGCGAAUUUUAUUUGUACAUCUGAGCAAAGACCAGAAAAUAUUUAUACAAGACGAAUCAGAGGAUGAAGAGUCUAGAAAGAGCAAUUCUUCUUCUUUGAAUGAUGUGUCCAAAAUCAAACGUUCCAUCACUCCACCCCCAACAAUCAACAUUAUCCCUCAGAUAAAGUCCAGAUUCUUUGUAUCAAAAGUGGAGGAGAAGAAAAGGUCCAGGUCUCCCAGCCCACGAAGACCUAGCAUUCCAAGAUCUGUUUUUGCCAAUCAGGUGUCCAGUGCCUCAUCUAUGGAAUCCGACAAAGAGAGACAGACAUACCACACAUUACAGUUACCACUCAGGUCAAUUCUCAAAAAGUCAUCUUCAUCUUCAGCUCUCAUAAACAACAGAGCUAACAGUGAGACAAACCUACAGUCUGAAAUAACUGCUUACUAUAGAAAACUGGCAAGUUCUAAAAAAGAAAGUAUUUGUGAAGACCCUCCAUAUAUCAUUGAUAAAAGUAGCUUAACUAAUCUGGCAAAGAAAGUGAGAUUGCCUCCAGAACCAGUGAAGAUCAAGAAUCUUACCAGGGAGCAGCAAGAAGAGUGGGAGGAGCAGAGACUGACUGAUCCAAUCGAGUGGGAGGGAGUCCAGAUAGACCCCGCCCCAUUCCAGCUUGUUGAGAGAACAUCACUACACAAGGUCCAUUCUUUAUUUUCUUUGUUGGGAUUAAACCAUGCAUAUGUGACCAACACUGGAAGGCUUGUUGGUGUCGUUGGAUUAAAAGAAUUACGAAGGGCAAUUCAGGGAAGAAUUGAUGCUCAAGCCAAGGGUCAAGAGGGCGAAGUGAGCGAGGAUGAGGAAGUGGAGGAGAUCGAUCCACAGAAUCUCGAGAUAGAACCUCGCAAGCCUCAGAAUGAGUACAGACUAGUUAAUACAUCUCAUGAGGAGCUGCAGAGUGUCCAAGUGACUAAAGAUGAGUGACGAUCACAGACAACAGUCGUCAUGUUAAACUGUGUUCAAGGAGAGCAGAUGUGAUAUUAUGGAUGUUUGUAAUUUUGCCAAAUGUUAAAGCCUCACAAUACUAAUGAGAUUUUAAAGUUUGCAUGAAUAUAAAAUUCAUGUGCUUGACCAAAGAAAUUAUUACCAUAAACUGGUCAUCAUUGAUUUUUACGGAUGUUGUCAUUUGAGAUUGUUUUAAAUUCUAUAUGCAAGUAUUUUAUUAAUCUCAGGACUCAUUGGAGCUCACCAAAUUAUUUCGCUGCCUUAUUUUUGAAAAUCAGUGACCAAAUUCAUGCAUUCCAAAUGAGAUAGUUGAUUAAACAUGGUGUAGUAUAAGGCUAUCAAAGUUUGUUUCAAAAACAUUCCAGCAACUGCUAUUUCACCUUGUUAUCACUAACAAGAUAGAAUCAUCUCUUGCAUAUUUAUCAGGUUUUGCACAAGUUUACAAGACAUACAUGUAUGGAGAUGUUUCUCUUUAUUUGAAGAAUCUCAUGAUAUUGCUUGUUCAAGAAUAUCAAUCAUUUGUCAUGAUCCCUUUUUUAUAAUUCUUUUUUUAUUGAGAUCAAUGCCAUUUGUGCCAAGUAGCAUUUGUAUCAAACAUAUAUAGUGAGCAAUAACUGGAUAUUAUCGUUAUGCUGGUACUUCAAAUUGUGACUACAGUUUGAUUGGUCAUAUUUUAAACAUGUAUGAUCUAGCAGGAAAGUAGGGUUGUAAAAUAAAAUCAAUUUGCAGAGCAUUAAGACAAAGUUGUAGGGCAUUACGACAAAGCUGUUUACAAAGACACCAUUGUGUGACCUACGUAAAAGGAUUUACACAAAAUUACAAACUGCAAUAUAAUUUGCUAACUGCAGAUGUGUGGGAACUCAUCAGGUUAUAAUAUGCUAACUACCUUGAAUUGAAUAUGGUGCCAUUGAAGUGGAAUGAUUUGAAUUCCCUCAAUUUGCUAUUGGGUAAGGAGGGUGAAAAUUAUGUAGUUAUGUGGAUAUGCCGUAGCAGUGAUAGUGCUCUCUGAGCUUUAUUUUAUAUCAUGUUAACAACUGUACACAAAGGGGCAGUGACAUUCACGGGAAUCCUAGGUUUAGGUAGCCUGAAAUUCUAUGUAAUGUUGCCAGCCUCUCAGACUUGUUGAAAGAAUCAGCAUGUCUUUUAUACGAAACAUCAUAUGUUAUAGUAAAUACAGACACAAUGACUAGAGUAUUGACUCUAUAAUAUAGAGGGUGUUUUUGGUGAUAUAUUUUUCAAUGCUUUAACAUGAAAAGUGCUGUUGUAGAUGUCAUGCAUCAUACAUUUAAAAAAAAACUAGAAACAACAUGUCCCUGGGAGAUUUCUAAAGCAUUUCAAACAGGUGUAUACCAGCACAGGAGUCUUCUAUGCUUUUUUUCUUAUUAGAAGACGGAUAAUUUUUCCCCCCAAAUUUUUAUUUCAAUUUAAUCAAUAAAACUUCGGACUCCUGUGGUACCAGUAAUAAGAAUUUUGCCUAAAGAGAACAUUUUCAUACAUGGUAGUUUUUUUCCAAUUUGAUUUUAAAGUCUUUGGUAGAUUGAUAAGGAAAUGUCUUAGUUUUUUUUUUCUAUGGGAUUUUUUGUAAGACUUCCUGAAUGAUGGAAGCAAUCAUGUUCAAAGAUGCAAGCAUAUUAUAGUUGAUUUAUUUCAAGACCAAAACCAUGAUUAAUAUCAAGCCCGGCAGUAUGUGUUGCUGCAAAUUGAUAUGUUGGGAAAAGAAGAUAUAAUGCUUUCUGUAUGACAAUUGAGCAUUUUGUUAUUAUUUUUAUGUUUUAACAUAUUUAUUGAAGUUCUUCAUUUUGUUCGUCUUUCAUAUUUUGUUUUAAGAUGUGAUGUAAGUUGAAUGUCUUCCAUUGGCAUUUAUUGUAAUGAUAUAUACUCGAUGCUAUCAUUGUAAUAUUUCUGUUUGUUGUAGUUUGAAUUGUCACAAAAUCUUUCAGUAUGUGAUAUGUCAAAGUUCACUCUGAAUAAUUUAAGAUAAUGUUUCAUCCAUAUUUCUCCCUCUUGCUUCAUGUACAUGUAUCACAUUAACACUUACUAUUGUCAUUAACAUUUUUUUUGCUUCCAUUUUUCUGUUUACUCAAGGACUUCAGUUCAUGCAUGUAAAGUUUGUUCUCCAAAGUAAGUCUCUGUAACCAGAAGUUAACUCUAUGAAGAAUAAAUGAUUUUAAAAGACA